AUGCCGUCAGCGCCUCCGCCGCCCCACGCCGUCCGAUCGACCGCAGCACUGACAGCCGCCGGCGUCAAGCGGACCGACGCCGUGGUCGGCUUCCAGUGGUCGGACGUCGUCUGGUACAACGUCCUCGUGCUGGUCGCGUGGCACGUCGGCGCGCUCUACGCACUGCUCUGCGUCGUGCCGCGCUGCUCGGGCCGCGCGCUGCUCGUGCUGUGGCUCGGGCUGUGGCUCGUCUCGGGCCUCGGGAUCACGGCCGGCGCGCACCGGCUCUGGUCGCACCGCAGCUACAAAGCGCGACGCCCGCUGCGCGUCUUCCUCAUGCUGUGCAACUCGAUGGCGUUCGAGGGAUCGAUCUUCGAGUGGGCGCGCGACCACCGCGUGCACCACAAGGGCUCGGACACGACGGCCGACCCGCACGACUCGCAGCGCGGCCUCUUCUUCGCGCACAUGGGCUGGAUCAUGCUGCGCAAACACGCGCACGUGCGCCAAGCGGGCCAGACGCUGGACUUUGCCGACCUGCGGGCCGACGCCGUCGUGACGUUCCAGACGCGGCACUAUGGCAAACUCGUGCUGCUCAUGUGCUACCUCGUGCCCACGGCCAUGGGCUCGUGCUGGUUCCAGAGCGCCCACAUUGGCUUCUGGGUCGGUGGCGUCUUGCGUCACGUCUGGGUGCUCCACAUGACGUGGAUGGUCAACAGCGUCGCGCACUUCUUCGGCUACAAGCCGUACGACCGCAAGCUCCGUGCUGUCGAGAGCCUCGUCGUCGCUCUUGGCGCCCUGGGCGAAGGCUAUCACAACUACCACCACAAGUACCCGUCUGACUACGCGACAAGCGAGUGGGGGAUACUCAGUGGACAGUAUAACCCAACGAAAGCCUUUAUUGACUUUUGUGCGCUGAUCGGCCAGGCUUAUGACCUCAAACGCAGUCGCACGGCUGCCAAAACGCGCGACGCCGUGGCCAAGCAGGUGCGUGAAGAGAUUCGAAAGCGCGGACCGGGUAGCCCGGCCAUAUCGUGGUGGGACCGUCAAAUAAGUCAGCUGUGCUUUGGCAAAUCCGAGGCUCAGAUAUUCCAGUAG